CCGCCCUCCCUCCUUCCCGCCGUUCCCCGCAGGAGCCGCAGGGCAGGGCAGGGCGAGCGCCGGCCGCGGCACUUCGGCUCCCCGAGGACCACGACCAGACGAACCGUCCACCAUGGCCGCUCAAGGAGAGCCCCAAGUGCAGUUUAAGCUCGUGUUGGUCGGCGACGGGGGUACCGGAAAGACCACGUUCGUAAAGCGCCACUUGACUGGCGAAUUUGAGAAGAAGUACGUAGCUACCUUGGGUGUUGAGGUUCACCCCCUCGUGUUCCAUACUAACAGAGGGCCUAUCAAAUUCAAUGUGUGGGAUACAGCUGGGCAGGAGAAGUUUGGUGGUCUGAGAGAUGGCUAUUACAUCCAAGCUCAGUGUGCCAUUAUCAUGUUUGAUGUUACUUCAAGAGUUACUUACAAGAAUGUACCUAACUGGCACAGAGAUCUGGUACGGGUAUGCGAAAACAUCCCAAUAGUCUUGUGUGGCAACAAGGUGGAUAUCAAGGACAGGAAAGUCAAGGCAAAAUCCAUCGUUUUCCAUCGGAAGAAGAAUCUCCAGUACUAUGAUAUUUCUGCCAAAAGUAACUACAACUUUGAGAAGCCCUUCCUUUGGCUGGCUAGGAAGCUAAUUGGAGAUCCCAAUUUGGAGUUUGUUGCCAUGCCGGCGCUUGCACCGCCAGAAGUCGUCAUGGACCCAGCACUGGCAGCACAGUAUGAGCAGGACUUACAGAUUGCUCAAACAACCGCUCUCCCCGACGAAGAUGAUGACCUGUGAGGAAUCGAAGCUGGAGCCCAGCGUCAGAAGUCUAGUUUUAUAGGCAACUGUCCUGUGAUGUCAGUGGUGCAGCGUGUUUGCCACUUUAUUAUAUAGCUGAGCAGAACAUGUGCUUAAUCUUUGGGAUGCUGAAGGAGAUGAAUGGGCUUCGGAGUGAAUGUGGCAGUUAAAAAAAAAAAAUUCCUUCAUAUUUUGGACCUGCGUAUUUAGCUGUUUUUGGACUGCAAUUACUUUCCCCUUGAGUUUCAACUGUAAGACUGCUGCAGUCACAUCACAAUAUUCUGUGGUGAAUCUUGUUUGUUACUGUCAUUCCCAUUCCUUUUUCGUUUAGAUCAUAAUAAAGUUGUAUUUGAAAUACCUAA